GAUGGCGACUUCCAUUUGAGACUAGACUGUAGAAUUUGACUCUCAGAACUUUGUAUCAAACCUCCAUCAAAUAAGUUUGAUUCAUGCCUUAUUCUACGUUAAGGGGACCUUUAUAUCACCAUGAAUGAAGAGGAUUUCAGCAAAGCAGAAAUUGACGCCAUUGAGGCGGCAUGCAAACGGAUUGAAAACAUGAUGAAGAGGCCAGAUCAGCUGGAAAGAGUUGAGCAAAUUCGGAGAAGGGAGUCAAGAAAGAAGGCAUCGGUGGAAGCCAGAUUGAAGACAGCCAUGCAGUCACAGCUGGACGGUGUCCGUACGGGACUGAGCCAGCUGCAGAGUGCCCUCUCUGGCAUACGAGAGGUCAGAGGUUGGAUUCAGGAAGUUGAUGGCAAGUACCGGGAGUGUGCUGAGCUGUCAUCCAAGCUGGGAGAAGUCAAAGAGGUUGCUCAGCAACAUAGCCAGCUGGCUGCUGCCGUGGAGAAUCUGAAACACAUCUUCACCGUGCCGGAGAACAUCAUCAAGACAGAGAAGUUCAUCCAGGAUGAGAAGCUACUGGAAGCUCACAAGGGCUUGAUGGAACUGGAGAGCUCUCGGGAUGACCUCUUGUAUGAGCUGCAUAAACAUCCCUCUGAAAAUCCAACGGAUGAUCAUCUCCUGAAGCAAUACUUCUCAGAAGUUGGAAGGCUCUCGGAGAUGCUUUUCAGGCAGUUGAAGCUGGUCAUGCACCGGGUCCUGAACGCUGCAAGGGAAAACCCAUCCAUGGUCACCACAGCGCUGCGCAUCAUCGAAAGAGAAGAGAGAAUUGACAAGAAGAUGCUAGACCGAGAGAAGAUGGCUGGUUUCAAGGCACCUGAUCGUCCCAAGAGCUGGAAGAAGAAAUGCUUUGAUGAACUCAAACAGCUAGUUCUUGUACGGAUUGAGGGCACUCAAUUGGAGGAUCGUACCAUUGACAAAAUGUGGCUCGUCCGCCAUCUUGAACUCAUACGUCAGAACAUGGUCGGUGACCUCAAGGUUGUCAAGUUCUUGCUAAUGCCAUGCUUUCCGCCACAUUACAACAUCUUUGACCAUUUUAUCAACAUGUUUCAGGAGUGCCUGGCAGUUCAUUUGCAAGAGAUGAUAUCUGAUGAAUUGGAACCAAAUGAAAUCAUCUCGCUGCUUACUUGGCUAAAUGAAUACAGGGGACCAAUGAUGAUGAGCCAUGCUGAGCUUGGUAUUGACAUCAAGAAGUUACCUCCUCUACUUCCACCAAAUAUAGUUGAGGACCUACAGCAACAAUAUCUGAAAACCCUUCACACUAACAUCCAGAGGUGGAUGGGCAAUGCCUUGCAGUCGGAUGUCAAGGAUUGGCAGAGUGACACAGAGCCAGAUGCAGAUGGCGAAGGCUACUUCCGUACCCAGUUACCUGUCAUUAUUUUCCAGAUGAUAGAACAAAAUCUUCAAGUUUCCAACCAAAUCAGCACAGAUUUGACCACCAAAGUGGUCCUACUCUGCAUCGAAGAACUCCAGCUCUUCAUUGACAUUUACAGAUGUGCUAUUAAGAAUUACAAGAAGGAUCACCUUGCUGACCGAAGCCAGCCAAGGUUCUACUUCCAGUACAUGGUUGCAGUGGUCAACAAUUUCAUGCUCUUCAUUGAAUUCACCAAACAACUUGAGAAGAGACAUCUCAACCUCCCUGCCAAUGAGCCCAGUUCCACAACCUUUGUCCAGAACCUCGUUGAUUCCUUCAACAGACUCAGUAUGGAAUGCAUGAGUGAUCUGAUUGGUGAGAUGUUGAUGGAUCUACAACCUCAUCUACAGCAACUCCUGUCAAGAACGUGGCUUCAGAUUCAAACGUCUCCAGCCAUUGACACCGUGUGUGUGACCAUUGAGGACUACUAUCGAGACUUUGUUCACCUCAAGAAAAACUUCUUUGAGCCACUCGUGAGACAGCUGGAAACAACUCUGGUGACAGAAUACAUCAAGGCGCUUGUAGAAAAGCGAAUGACGUUCAGGAGCUACGAAGAGCGAAGGACAGCAGCUGACAAAAUGUUCAAGGAAUCUGAACAAAUCGAGGCUCUCUUUGAACGCAUCCUGAAAAGAGAGGACAAGUCUCCAUGUGAAGUUAUUCCAAUGCUGGCCGAAGUCAUCAAACUGAUGGACACGUCCCUGCUGUCCCUAGAGAUCUCGGGACUGGUCAACAAGUAUGCAGACAUUCGCACUGACCACCUGGUCAACUUGCUUGUCAUGAGAGGAGAUAUGUCCAUCUCCAGUGCACGACAGGUUAUAGAAGACGUUUUGGGAGAAGAUAGUGCAAGAAAGAAGACACCCAAAACAAUCUUUUCACUUGUAAAAUAAAUAAAAGUAUUGUAGUAUUAUUUAGGUUCUUACAGUUCAUUGAUGUGAUGCCAUUUAUUAUUUAAUUUGGAGAGACAUGUUAUAAAAUGAUAUGUUUAAUGACACUGAGAUCGUAACGCUUCAUUGGUUGAAAACUGGUCAUGUGAUAUAUUUAAGAAAUUCAUCUCUAAUCGCUGGUUGGAUUACCCCAGAUACAUUUCUAUAAUCAUCUUCAAGAUUUGGGAUUAUUACAGUCUUGUGAACGGGUUACAUGUACUUACAAUUGGUGCCAGCUCCAACAUUGGUACAAGACAGAAACUAGGUUGAAUUUUUUCAGUCUACAAGAUUUUUUUGCAUUAACGCAAAACCGAGAAGACUUAACAACUAGAUGUUAUUACUGGCAUAUUGCACGUAAAUGAAUUAAGUUUAGUGACCAAACUACAUGUAUUUGGAAUUGAAGAUAAUGCUGUAAAUUAUGUUAAAGGAAAAGAAAAAUGGCUUGAAAACAUGUGUAAUAUAGAUUGCAUGUACCAUUCGUAGGCGUAUGAAAUGUAAAGAUAACCCAUGAUUUUUGGAGGAAUUUGUUGGUAAUAUACCAAUUAAGGAUCAACCCCUUAAGUGCAAUACGUAUACAUUGCUUUAUAUUCGGUUUGCUUUGGGUGUUUUUUUUUGGGGGGUAAGUAAAACUGGCCCGCAUUUUGGGGUGUGGCUAAUAUUUGUCAAAAUGUCUGAUCUCAUUUUGUGGCAUUGUUGCGUAACUUUCGUAAAACCAAAUCAUUUUUUAAUACACGUGUUAAAAAGUUGUCGCAUAGUAUCACAUGAAUGUAGUGACAGUAGUUGGAAAGUCAUGUUUUGCUCGAGAAAUUCUCUUGUAUGCCAUCGAUAACGUGGAUUCACACGUGAAAUGUGAUGAGAAGUGUUUCGUCUGUCUCACGUUUGAGUUCAUCUUGAGCAUACUGCUAGAUUAUUUUCACAAUUUUAGUAAUUUUCUUUUCUCUCUACUGUCAUGUCUUUCCUCUCUUUUGUGUGGCCACGUGAUCAGCAGAUAGCUCUUUUAAAAUUAUUGCCUGUCUGAAAUUACAGUGACAGUUAACUGGGGAUGAAGUGUCAAGCUUGCGACUCGAAGCUUUUGCGCGGAAUUGUUCCCCCACGCCCGCUUCGAAUUUUGAAAACACAGGAAGAGCUUUUGUAUUGUUGAAAAUCAUGACCAAAUCUAAUCUUAGUGGCCUUUAAAAUAGACCUCUCGCAAAUUCAACCCUAGGCACGCCACAUUAGAUCAAUGAAGUAGUUGGCACAUUGUAAGAUGCCCUGUAUGGAGUUGAAAUAUUAAACGCGAAGCUUUAGAAACUAACAGCCUCCAACACUCAACACGCACUUUUUAAAGAAAAUAAAAGGAUGGUAUGUUUGUUGUGUAAACAUUGAAA